UUCUCACAGUGAAGAGACUGCAGUGAGGACAUGGUGGGAUUACACCGGGGAGGGAGGGUCCCCUGCCUGCUCAUUGAGUCACACAGAUGCCAGGAGCUCAUUUUGGGGACACAUCCACUCAGUGUAUAUAGAGGAAAGGCCAUCUGAGAACACAUGUACAAGCCAGGAAGAGAGAACUUACCAGAAACCAACUGCGAUGGCAUCUUUAUCUUGGACUUCUAGCCUCAGAAAUCCUCCAAAUCCUAGGGAGAGCCUCACACCUGUUAAGCAGUUGCAUCAUAUUAAAAGACUUCACUUAUCCAUCGUGAUUACAAGUGUUAUUAGCAUCAUCGUUAUUCUGGCUGGAGCAAUUGCACUCAUCAUUGGCUUUGGUAUUUCAGGGAGACACUCCAUCUCAGUCACUACCUUCACCUCAGCUGGAAACAUUGGAGAGGAUGGAAUCCUGAGCUGCACUUUUGAACCUGAUAUCAAACUUAAUGAUAUCGUGAUACAAUGGCUGAAGGAAGGUGUUGUGGGCUUGGUCCAUGAGUUCAAAGAAGGCAAAGAUAAUCCUUCAGACCAGGAUAAAAUGUUCAGAGGCCGGACAUCUGUGUUUGCUGAUCAAGUGAUAGUUGGCAAUGCUUCCUUGAGACUGAAAAAAGUGCAACUUACAGAUGCUGGCACCUACAAGUGUUACGUCACCACUUCCAAAGGCAAAGGGAAUGCUCACCUGGAAUAUAAAACUGGAGCCUUCAGCGUGCCAGAGAUGAACGUGGACUACAAUGCUAGUUCAGAGAACUUGCGUUGUGAGGCUCCUCGAUGGUUCCCCCAACCCACAGUGGUCUGGGCAUCCCAAGUUAGCCAGGGAACCAACUUCUCAGAAGUGUCCAACACUAGCUUUGAGCUGAACUCUGAGAAUGUGACCAUGAAGGUUGUGUCCGUGCUCUACAAUGUCACCAUCAACAACACGUACUCCUGCAUGAUUGAAAACAACAUUGCCAAAGCCACAGGGGACAUCAAAGUGACAGACUCUGAGAUCAAAAGGCGGAGCCACCUACAACUGCUGAACUCAAAGGCUCCCUCGUGUGUCUCUUCUUUCUUUGCCAUCAUCUGGGUACUCUUGCCACUCUCCCCUUACCUGAUGCUAAAAUAAUAUGCCUUGGCCACAAAGAAGCAUGCAACGUUAUUGGUAUGAUAGGGGGAAAUGAAUGCAUGACUAGAAGUCUGGACUGAACAAACAAGAACGAGGAAUGAAAAGAAGACAAAAGCAACCCACAGAAGACUCCACUAUGAACAAGAUAGACCUAUCUUCAAAGAUAUAUGUUAAAAGUUGGGAAAAUAAUUCAUCUGGAGUAGAGAAGCAUGUUAAGACUGCUAAGUAAAAGACACAUGGAGACAAGUGUAUUCCCAUGACUCAGGGACCUCCCCUUCCCAUUAACUCCUGGGGAGUGAGAGGAUGGGAUAUUGUAUCUCUCUGAAUCCUUACUUAUAUGUGCUGUAAUGUUGCUUUGAGGAAGUUCCUUGAGUUUUAAUCAUUAUAUAUUCAUAUCUUAUAUUCCACACACUGAACUGUAGUAUUUGCUCUAUACUAAGAAGCUGCUAAUGAGCUUCACAACUCAGAGGUGGCUGCAUUCUAGUGAAGGUUCAAAUGAUUCACCUCUCAUUACAAUGCUUUCAAAAGUGCCUUGGCUUCUUCUCCCACUUGACAAAUGCUAAAGAUGUGGAAAAUUAUAAUUUUAAGAUAAACAAAGUAGUUGGGUGACACUGAUUUUCUAAAUAAUCUGAGCACCUUCUUUUUGGAACAGAUGCCAUUUUAUUUUUCAGAUGGCAUUGACCUGUGGUGAAUGGCCCAGGGAAGGACCUCUCACCUUACUAUGUGACAUUAUGUCAUCACAAGGCUUGAGGGUUCUACUUUCUAUACCUCAGCUUUAAACAGCAUCCAAACCACUGGGACUCAGUUGGAGUCGUUUUACUCCCUUUUGUCCCUCAGGGACAUUUGGCAAUGACUGUGGUUGCCACGACUUGUGAGAGCAGGGUGCCACUGUCACCAAGUGAAUGGAGCCAGGGGUGCUGCUUGAUAUCCUACAAUGUACAGUACAUUCCCCACAACAGGGAAUUCUCCAUCCCAGAUGUCAUUUGUGACAAGCUUAAGAAACCCUGAUUUAGAGUAGAAAGGAAACUAGAAAAGAGGAGAGCAAACAAAUCUAUUUGCUUCUUAAAAACAGGCAUUGGCUUCUGUCCCUUUGGCUACUGCUUCAGCUCAGAGGGCCAGAUCUCUGUGUUGGGCAACCAGAAUAAUAUCUUUCAGUGAACAGUGUUGACAAGGCAUGUGGGAAAUUCCUAAUGGGAUUAUCUUUAGCUCAUUGAGCGUCUAAGUUCUUUUCCCUUUAUUCUACCCUACAAACUAAGCUCUGUAAGAAUCCUAAAUUCCAUCUUAAGUUCUUUCACUCUAGAUUUUAGAUCUCAGGACUGUGUCCAACAAAAGUACAAAUUAAGGCAACAAAUGUGUACCUUCCUUGAACAACAUAGAGACUUUAGAGCUUUUUUAUCCUUUUUCUGUUUUAGGGUCCUGAACCUAGGGUCUCGAGUGUGCUAGGCAAGUGUUCUACCACUGAGCUACACACUAGCCCACACAGAAACUUCUAAAAGAAAGCAGGGAAAUGACCUUUUGAGACUUUGAGGAACAAAGUUUUGAUGGAAAAGAACGUUUUGUUUUCAGCCCCACCCCCUCCACUUUUCCUGUGUUGACCAUUGCCUCCCUGGUCCUUGGGACUACGAUGUCUGUAUUAUAUUUUGUUAUAGAAAACUUCAUUUUAGAGCACUGACCAUUCAAGAAAGAUUAUUAAAUAUACAUUUCCUACACUGUUGUCUGCCUGGUCUGUCAAAGAAAGAGAAGAUGGAUUUAAAAGUCAUAAAACAGAUUCUAAAGACUUGUACCUCCCAUAUAACAGGCCUUCUCUAAAUGUUUGUUGAGGGAAUGGGAGGUAAUGACAGGAACCUGUGAGUUGGGGCUAGUGUCGGGGCUUGUUCCUUAAGGAUAUUUAUACUAGCCUAGCAUUUUUCCAUCUUGAAAAAUACUGGUGGUACAGAGCUUGAGGCAGAUAAAUGUAGGAAAAUAUGUAAAA